AGUACAUCUUUGCAUCGUUAUACGUUUAUAGGUACAAAAUGUGGAUUCUAUAUUCCGAAUUUUGCCAGUGAUAAUAUGAGUGGUUCUUGCUUGUUCUAGUUAGUCCGGUAUUGUUAUUUCGAUUAAAAUCCAAUGCUUUGAAUGGUUAUUUGAGUCGAAAAUGACCGCUCAUUUGAGACACCUGAAGCUGCUCAAUUCGCCAUGUUGCUGUCGCCGAAUGUCCGGAGUCGGAGGACUGGAAACAGUCAGCUAUGGGUUGGGGAAGUUUUCGCCCGUUUUCUCUGGUCUGCGAAUUGCGGAUGGGCUUCCGAAUAAUAGGCUUACGUCUGGUGCCGUCGAAAGGCCGAAGGAUCACGGCUUUUGGGACCCAGAUGCAUAUGAUCAACAGAAAUCGCGAACAGUUGCGUUGGAGCGUGAAUUUGGACUAUCGUCUGCUAUUUCGUCGCAACAGUUUUUCUCCAUGAGCUGUGAAAACAAUCCCUUUCAAGCGAGGCAGCAGACUCUCGGAUACUCCACUGCUGAGCGUCCCGCUCUGAAACUAGACAGAAACCGUAUUGAUCCACUGCGUAGUGAAACGUCGAAAGAGGGCUCUCUAAAUACCGGCCCUAAAAAACCAUCCGCAGAACAACUUGAAGUUAUUUUACAAACGCUUGCUGACGACUUGCCGAACGUCUUCGUGAAGCCGUUGAAUUUUAAAAUUUACCAUCCAGAUAUCAUUUUUGAAAAUCACAUAAGGAACACAUGCACGACACGUGUUCAAGCCCUGUUACAAGUAUCUCUGUUCACUCCUCGUAGGGGUAUUGUAGCAUACUCGCAACAAGUGGGGUUCCUGCGCACUGUCGGUCACUUCAAAUAUGCCUAUGUGAAGUUUGAUGUAUUAAAAAUUACGAAGCACCCUGAAGAAGGAACUGUGAAAGUUCGAUGGCGGAUUCGCGGCAUGACGGGAUGGAGAGUCAUGGUACUGUUCUGGCGAUACAAAAUUUUGAGAUACCAAAAAAUGAUGGACGAGCAACAUGAAGUAUGGCACGAUGGAUUCUCAAUCUUCCACGUUGAGGAUGAUGGUUUAGUUUCCAAGCACGUAGCUAUGAAAUUUAUGCCAGACGACGAAUCGGAAAAGGUGAACAAAAGCAGCAUUGGAACUGCACUGGCAGCCCUGAUUGGUCUCGAAUUAGCACCUCGUGAAUUUGCCCUGGAAGGUCUAUCAAACGGUGCGCUUUUGUCCACAAAGAAGGAGCUCUGCGAAUCCUCAAGCCCGAAAGCUCCACAAGAUGCUUCUGAAGAUCAAGGGAGAUGUUCUGAAGGGCCUGGUUGUCGCCUGUGUUUGUGA